UCUGUCUGUCUGUCUGUCUGUCUGUCUGUCUGUCUGUCUGUCUGUCUCUAUAUAUCUCUCUAUCUAUAUACCCAGGUCUGAGAGGACCUGCAGGUUUAAAGGUCUGUCUGUCUGUCUGUCUGUCUGUCUGUCUGUCUGGAUACCCUGAUCUGAGAGGACCUGCAGGUUUAAAGGUCUGUCUGUCUGUCCUGGUCUGAGAGGACCUGCAGGUUUAAAGGUCUGUCUGUCUCUCUGGAUACCCUGGUCUGAGAGGACCUGCAGGUUUAAAGGUCUGUCUGUCUGGAUACCCUGGUCUGAGAGGACCUGCAGGUCUGUCUGUCUGUCUGUCUGUCUGUCUGUCUGUCUGUCUGUCUGUCUGUCUGUCUGUCUGUCUGUCUGUAUAUCUCUCUCUAUCUAUAUACCCAGGUCUGAGAGGACCUGCAGGUUUAAAGGUCUGUCUGUCUGUCUGUCCUGGUCUGAGAGGACCUGCAGGUUUAAAGGUCUGUCUGUAUGUCUGUCUGUCUGUCCUGGUCUGAGAGGACCUGCAGGUUUAAAGGUCUGUCUGUCUCUCUGGAUACCCUGGUCUGAGAGGACCUGCAGGUCUGUCUGUCUGUCUGUCUGUCUGUCUGUCUGUCUGUCCCUGGUCUGAGAUGACCUGCAGGUUUAAACGUCUAUCUGUCUGUCUCUCUAUCUCUAUGUAUAUACCCAGGUCUGAGAGGACCUGCAGGUUUAAUGGUCUGUCUGUCUGUCUGUCUGUCUGUCUGUCUGUCUGUCUGUCUGUCUGUCUGUCUGUCUGUCUGUCUGUCUGUCUCUAUAUAUCUCUCUAUCUAUAUACCCAGGUCUGAGAGGACCUGCAGGUUUAAAGGUCUGUCUGUCUGUCUGUCUGUCUGUGUCUGUCUGUCUGUCUGUCUGGAUACCCUGAUCUGAGAGGACCUGCAGGUUUAAAGGUCUGUCUGUCUGUCCUGGUCUGAGAGGACCUGCAGGUUUAAAGGUCUGUCUGUCUCUCUGGAUACCCUGGUCUGAGAGGACCUGCAGGUCUGUCUGUCUGUCUGUCUGUCUGUCUGUCUGUCUGUCUGUCCCUGGUCUGAGAUGACCUGCAGGUUUAAACGUCUAUCUGUCUGUCUCUCUAUCUCUAUGUAUAUACCCAGGUCUGAGAGGACCUGCAGGUUUAAUGGUCUGUCUGUCUGUCUGUCUGUCUGUCUGUCUGUCUGUCUGUCUGUCUGUCUGUCUGUCUGUCUGUCUGUCUCUAUAUAUCUCUCUAUCUAUAUACCCAGGUCUGAGAGGACCUGCAGGUUUAAAGGUCUGUCUGUCUGUCUGUCUGUCUGUCUGUCUGUCUGUCUGUCUGUCUGUCUGUCUGUCUGGAUACCCUGAUCUGAGAGGACCUGCAGGUUUAAAGGUCUGUCUGUCUGUCCUGGUCUGAGAGGACCUGCAGGUUUAAAGGUCUGUCUGUCUCUCUGGAUACCCUGGUCUGAGAGGACCUGCAGGUUUAAAGGUCUGUCUGUCUGGAUACCCUGGUCUGAGAGGACCUGCAGGUCUGUCUGUCUGUCUGUCUGUCUGUCUGUCUGUCUGUCUGUCUGUCUGUCCCUGGUCUGAGAUGACCUGCAGGUUUAAACGUCUAUCUGUCUGUCUCUCUAUCUCUAUGUAUAUACCCAGGUCUGAGAGGACCUGCAGGUUUAAUGGUCUGUCUGUCUGUCUGUCUGUCUGUCUGUCUGUCUGUCUGCUGUCUGUCUCUAUCUGUCUGUCUGUCUGUCUGUCUGUCUGUCUGUCUGUCUGUCUGUCUGUCUGUCUGUCUGUCUGUCUGUUUUUCUCUAUAUAUCUCUCUAUCUAUAUACCCAGGUCUGAGAGGACCUGCAGGUUUAAAGGUCUGUCUGUAUGUCUGUCUGUCUGUCCUGGUCUGAGAGGACCUGCAGGUUUAAAGGUCUGUCUGUCUCUCUGGAUACCCUGGUCUGAGAGGACCUGCAGGUUUAAAGGUCUGUCUGUCUGUCUGUCUGUCUGUCUGUCUGUCUGUCUGUCUGUCCCUGGUCUGAGAUGACCUGCAGGUUUAAACGUCUAUCUGUCUGUCUCUCUAUCUCUAUGUAUAUACCCAGGUCUGAGAGGACCUGCAGGUUUAAUGGUCUGUCUGUCUGUCUGUCUGUCUGUCUGUCUGUCUGUCUGUCUGUCUGUCUGUCUCUAUAUAUCUCUCUAUCUAUAUACCCAGGUCUGAGAGGACCUGCAGGUUUAAAGGUCUGUCUGUCUGUCUAUCUGGAUACCCUGAUCUGAGAGGACCUGCAGGUUUAAAGGUCUGUCUGUAUGUCUGUCUGUCUGUCCUGGUCUGAGAGGACCUGCAGGUUUAAAGGUCUGUCUGUCCCUCUGGAUACCCUGGUCUGAGAGGACCUGCAGGUUUAAAGGUCUGUCUGUCUGUCUGUCUGUCUGUCUGUCUGUCUGUCUGUCUGUCUGUCUGGAUACCCUGGUCUGAGAGGACCUGCAGGUCUGUCUGUUUGUCUGUCUGUCUGUCUGUCUGUCUGUCUGUCUGUCUGUCUCUAUAUAUCUCUCUAUCUAUAUACCCAGGUCUGAGAGGACCUGCAGGUUUAAAGGUCUGUCUGUCUGUCUGUCCUGGUCUGAGAGGACCUGCAGGUUUAAAGGUCUGUCUGUAUGUCUGUCUGUCUGUCCUGGUCUGAGAGGACCUGCAGGUUUAAAGGUCUGUCUGUCUCUCUGGAUACCCUGGUCUGAGAGGACCUGCAGGUCUGUCUGUCUGUCUGUCUGUCUGUCUGUCUGUCUGUCUGUCUGUCUGUCUGUCUGUAUAUAUCUCUCUAUCUAUAUACCCAGGUCUGAGAGGACCUGCAGGUUUAAAGGUCUGUCUGUCUGUCUGUCUGUCUGGAUACCCUUAUCUGAGAGGACCUGCAGGUUUAAAGGUCUGUCUGUCUGUCUGUCCUGGUCUGAGAGGACCUGCAGGUUUAAAGGUCUGUCUGUCUCUCUGGAUACCCUGGUCUGAGAGGACCUGCAGGUCUGUCUGUCUGUCUGUCUGUCUGUCUGUCUGUCUGUCUGUCUGUCUGUCUGUCUGGAUACCCUGGUCUGAGAUGACCUGCAGGUAUAAACGUCUGUCUGUCUGUCUCUGUCUGUCUGUCUAGAUACCCUGGUCUGAGAGGAUCUGCAGGUUUAAAUGUCUGUCUGUCUGUCUGGAUACCCUGGUCUGAGAGGACCUGCAGGUUUAAAGGUCUGUCUGUCUGUCUGUCUGUCUGUCUGUCUGUCUCUAUAUCUCUCUCUAUCUAUAUACCCAGGUCUGAGAGAACCUGCAGGUUUAAUGGUCUGUCUGUCUGUCUUGAUAUCCUGGUCUGAGAGGACCUGCAGGUUUAAAGGUCUGUCUGUCUCUCUGGAUACCCUGGUCUGAGAUGACCUGCAGGUUUAAACGUCUGUCUGUCUCUCUAUCUCUCUCUAUCUAUAUACCCAGGUCUGAAGGGACCUGCAGGUUUAAACGUCUGUCUGUCUCUCUAUCUCUCUCUAUAUAUAUACCCAGGUCUGAGAGGACCUGCAGGUUUAAUGGUCUCUCUGUCUGUCUGUCUGGAUACCCUGGUCUGAGAGGACCUGCAGGUUUAAACGUCUGUCUGUCUGUCUUGAUAUCCUGGUCUGAGAGGACCUGCAGGGUUAAACGUCUGUCUGUCUGUCUCUCUCUAUCUCUAUCUAUAUACCCAGGUCUGAGAGAACCUGCAGGUUUAAAGGUCUGUCUGUCUGUCUUGAUAUCCUGGUCUGAGAGGACCUGCAGGGUUAAACGUCUGUCUGUCUGUCUCUCUCUAUCUCUAUCUAUAUACCCAGGUCUGAGAGAACCUGCAGGUUUAAUGGUCUGUCUGUCUGUCUGGAUACCCUGGUCUGAGAUGACCUGCAGGUUUAAAGGUCUGUCUGUCUGUCUGUCUGUCUGUCUGUCUGUCUGUCUGUCUGUCUGUCUGUCUCUAUCUAUAUACCCUGGUCUGAGAGGACCUGCAGGUUUAAAGGUCUGUCUGUCUCUAUAUCUCUCUCUAUCUAUAUACCCAGGUCUGAGAGGACCUGCAGGUUUAAAGGUCUGUCUGUCUCUAUAUCUCUCUCUAUCUAUAUACCCAGGUCUGAGAGGACCUGCAGGUUUAAAGGUCUGUCUGUCUGUCUGGAUACCCAGGUCUGAGAGGACCUGCAGGUUUAAAGGUCUGUCUGUCUGUCUGUCUGGAUACCCUGAUCUGAGAGGACCUGCAGGUUUAAAGGUCUGUCUGUCUGUCUGGAUACCCUGGUCUGAGAGGACCUGCAGGUUUAAAGGUCUGUCUGGAUACCCUGGUCUGAGAGGACCUGCAGGUUUAAAGGUCUGUCUGUCUGGAUACCCUGGUCUGAGAGGACCUGCAGGUUUAAAGGUCUGUCUGUCUGUCUGUCUGUCUGUCUGUCUGUCUGUCUGUCUGUCUCUAUCUAUAUACCCUGGUCUGAGAGGACCUGCAGGUUUAAAGGUCUGUCUGUCUGUCUGGAUACCCUGGUCUGAGAGGACCUGCAGGUUUAAAGGUCUGUCUGUCUGUCUGUCUGUCUGUCUGUCUGUCUGUCUGUCUCUAUCUAUAUACCCAGGUCUGAGAGGACCUGCAGGUUUAAUGGUCUGUCUGUCUGUCUGUCUGGAUACCCUGGUCUGAGAUGACCUGCAGGUUUAAACGUCUGUCUGUCUGUCUGUCUGUCUGUCUGUCUGUCUGUCUGUCUGUCUGUCUGUCUGUCUGUCUGUCUGGAUACCCUGAUCUGAGAGGACCUGCAGGUUUAAACGUCUGUCUGUCUGUCUGUCUGUCUGCCUGGAUACCCUGGUCUGAGAGGACCUGCAGGUUUAAACGUCUGUCUGUCUGUCUCUCUCUAUCUCUAUCUAUAUAGCCAGGUCUGAGAGAACCUGCAGGUUUAAUGGUCUGUCUGUCUGUCUGGAUACCCUGGUCUGAGAGGACCUGCAGGUUUAAAGGUCUGUCUGUCUGUCUGUCUGUCUGUCUGUCUGUCUGUCUGGAUACCCUGGUCUGAGAGGACCUGCAGGUUUAAAGGUCUGUCUGUCUGUCUGGAUACCCUGGUCUGAGAGGACCUGCAGGUUUAAAGGUCUGUCUGUCUGUCUGUCUGUCUGUCUGUCUGUCUGUCUGUCUCUAUCUAUAUACCCUGGUCUGAGAGGACCUGCAGGUUUAAAGGUCUGUCUGUCUGUCUGGAUACCCUGAUCUGAGAGGACCUGCAGGUUUAAAGGUCUGUCUGUCUGUCUGUCUGUCUGUCUGGAUACCCUGAUCUGAGAGGACCUGCAGGUUUAAAGGUCUGUCUGGAUACCCUGGUCUGAGAGGACCUGCAGGUUUAAAGGUCUGUCUGUCUGGAUACCCUGGUCUGAGAGGACCUGCAGGUUUAAAGGUCUGUCUGUCUGUCUGUCUGUCUGUCUGUCUGUCUGUCUGUCUGUCUGUCUCUAUCUAUAUACCCAGGUCUGAGAGGACCUGCAGGUUUAAUGGUCUGUCUGUCUGUCUGUCUGGAUACCCUGGUCUGAGAUGACCUGCAGGUUUAAACGUCUGUCUGUCUGUCUGUCUGUCUGUCUGUCUGUCUGUCUGUCUGUCUGUCUGUCUGUCUGUCUGUCUGUCUGGAUACCCUGAUCUGAGAGGACCUGCAGGUUUAAACGUCUGUCUGUCUGUCUGUCUGUCUGCCUGGAUACCCUGGUCUGAGAGGACCUGCAGGUUUAAUGGUCUGUCUGUCUGUCUGGAUACCCUGGUCUGAGAUGACCUGCAGGUUUAAACGUCUAUCUGUCUGUCUCUCUAUCUCUGUCUAUAUACCCAGGUCUGAGAGGACCUGCAGGUUUAAUGGUCUGUCUGUCUCUAUAUCUCUCUCUAUCUAUAUACCCAGGUCUGAGAGGACCUGCAGGUUUAAAGGUCUGUCUGUCUGUCUGUCUGUCUGUCUGUCUGUCUGUCUGUCUGUCUGUCUGUCUGUCUGUUUGUCUGGAUACCCUGGUCUGAGAGGACCUGCAGGUUUAAAGGUCUGUCUGUCUCUCUGGAUACCCUGGUCUGAGAGGACCUGCAGGUUUAUAUGUUCUGUCUGUCUGUCUGUCUGGAUACCCUGGUCUGAGAGGACCUGCAGGUUUAAAGGUCUGUCUGUCUGUCUGUCUGUCUGUCUGUCUGUCUGUCUGUCUGUCUGUCUGUCUGUCUGUCUGUCUGUCUGUCUGUCUGUCUCUAUCUAUAUACCCUGGUCUGAGAGGACCUGCAGGUUUAAAGGUCUGUCUGUCUCUAUAUCUCUCUCUAUCUAUAUACCCAGGUCUGAGAGGACCUGCAGGUUUAAAGGUCUGUCUGUCUGUCUGGAUACCCAGGUCUGAGAGGACCUGCAGGUUUAAAGGUCUGUCUGUCUGUCUGUCUGGAUACCCUGAUCUGAGAGGACCUGCAGGUUUAAAGGUCUGUCUGUCUGUCUGUCUGUCUGUCUGUCUGUCUGUCUGUCUGUCUGUCUGUCUGUCUGUCUGUCUGUCUGUCUGUCUGUCUGUCUGUCUGUCUUGAUAUCCUGGUCUGAGAGGACCUGCAGGUUUAAAGGUCUGUCUGUCUCUCUGGAUACCCUGGUCUGAGAUGACCUGCAGGUUUAAACGUCUGUCUGUCUCUCUAUCUCUCUCUAUCUAUAUACCCAGGUCUGAAGGGACCUGCAGGUUUAAACGUCUGUCUGUCUCUCUAUCUCUCUCUAUCUAUAUACCCAGGUCUGAGAGGACCUGCAGGUUUAAUGGUCUCUCUGUCUGUCUGUCUGGAUACCCUGGUCUGAGAGGACCUGCAGGUUUAAACGUCUGUCUCUCUCU